AAAGAUUUUAUGAGCAAGCUGCAAGGUUGCAAUCAUAUUCGUCCUUUACGUUAUCUUCUUCACUCUCCCAUCUCUUCAAUUUUCCAAAAAUGAAGAAAAUAGUUGUAUUCAAGUUUGAAGUUUUUGAUGAAAGCAUCAAACAGAUAGCUACGGAAGUUGCCAGGGAGUUUCCAGGAGUUACUUCGGUGGUAAACGUUGAAGGAGAAGGUCAGCUAGAGGUGAGGGGAGAAUUUAGUACGUUUGAACUGACAAGGGAACUAAAGAAGAUAAAUGAAUCUGUUGAGACAUUCAAGAUUGGAACAGAUGGAGUAACGGAGCCUCAAGUCAAGAUCCAGCAGCAAGAUGAAGGCAAACGACCUAUUAACAUAGAAGAAGCGAGUAAGCCUUCCAAUGAUGACGCCAGCAGCUCAAACGGGACAGAACCGCAAGCAUAUGGAUGGUGGGAUCAGGCAAAAGCUAUCGGUGCGGGUGCGGCUGAGCAGGCAAAAGUUAUCGGUGCGGGUGCAGCUGGGAAGGCAAUAGAUAUCGGUGUGGGUGCGGCUGGGAAAGCAAUAGAUAUCGGUGUGGGUGCGGCUGGGGGUGUAUAUGGAUAUUUAGAAAGAAGAAAAAUGCAAGAAAAAGUUCGUCGCCGCAAUGAAUGGCUGAAGGAAGAAGACAUGAACCAAAAGAAGAUCUGGCAGGAGAAGGAGAAGGAAAAGAUGAGAAAACAAGGUUUAGCAAAGAAGGAAGAAGAGAUGAAACAAAAGAAGAUCUUGGAGGAGAGGAAUAGGAUCUUGCAGGAGAAGGAGAAGAAGAGGAAACAAGAUUUAGCAAGGAAGGAAGAAGAGAUGAAACAAAAGAAGAUCUGGCAGGAGAAGGAGAAGGAGAAGGAGAAGGAGAAGAAGAGGAAACAAGAUCUAGCAAGGAAGGAAGAAGAGAUGAAACAAAAGAAAAUCUGGCAGGAGAAGGAGAAGGAGAAGAUGAGAAAACAAGGUUUAGCAAACCAUCCAGGAGGAACGACACAAGGUUCAACGGCGACAAGCAACACAGUAAGUUGGUGGGACACCAUACGACCCACAAUAUUUACCGGAGAACCCAGUGGAUUCACGCAAACACUACGAACCGGACAAACAAGUGCAUACACGCAAGAUUACCGUAGGGAAGAAAAAGAAAACAAAGAAUCAGCUGCAAAGAAAGGGAAGAACGGAAAUUAAAUGAUCUAUUCGAAGUCUAAAGACGCUGAACGGGUAUCAAACAUUUCAUUAGAAAACGUUUUGAGUCCAUGGACUAGCGUGUUCUGGACUAAAAAAUUAAUAUCAUCUUCUAAAGUGAAGUUUGUGUUCUUUUUUGUUGUGGUGUCAAAUAUAGAUUUUCUAUUGUUUUUGUUUGCCUUAAGAGUUGAUCAUCCAAGUUGUGGUGAUAUCGUUUGUGUUCUUUUUUGUUUUCUAUAGUGAAGUUUGUGUUCUUUUUUGUUUGCCUUAAGUGAUAUCGUUUUGUUGAUAGAGGUUAAUUAAAAAUCGAG